AUGGGCCUUACUGUUGACGAUGUGUUUGAAGAGAUCGGCAGCAUGGGCAGAUACCAGUACACCCUUGUGAUGGUCAUGGGUUUAAUGAAGAUGUUCGGGUACGCUUUCCAGGCCAUGAUCUCGACAUUUCUGAGUGCCGAACCUCCUUGGCGAUGCAAAGACAACAGCACUGUCUGCAAUCUCACGGGAAUCUUCAAACCAGGGGACGAUAACUACGACUUUCGCUGCUCUAUUUCUCGCCAUGAUUGGGAGUUUGACACCAGUAAAUUCAACUCAGUCGUCUCUGAGGUAGUAAAAAAGUCUUUUUUAGUUUAUUGACAUCACUGUGGUAACGUUCAGUGGCUAUAAAUUAAUCACAAGGACUUUAUUUCUUGAUGGACAAUUAUCGUAAGACUUAACCCGGUUGUUAGUUAACCGCAGCAGGAUCAGCUAAGUCGGUAGAACGCUUGACUGCAGAGCGGGAGGUCGUGGGUUCGAUUCCCGGGACCGGACCAACACUCAGGGUCUUAAAAUGACUGAGAAAGGAAGAUACUGCCUUUGCCCGACAAAUGGCUAGACCUCCGCGUGGCUCGGAUAACAACGUAAAAUGGCAGUCCCGUUUCUAGUAGGAGACGUAAAAAUAGUGUUCCCAAUUAGUGCUUUCGUGCUAAAUACGUUGACACUCAAAUAAAGUGCCUUAUUACUCUUUCAUCGCUUCUUGUCUCUUUAAAAUAACCAAAUUAACCUAACUUUUAAAGUUAAAAUUAUUGUAUAACUUGCAGUUACGAAGGAAAGGAAUCCAGAAGUAACCACUUGGGUGGUACGUUAGUACAUACUAAUAAUAUCAGCACUACUCGAAGCAUUGAUAACAGUCGUUGUUUCCUGGCGCCAUUUCUUUAUUGUUGUUUUCUUCUUCUCCUUCCAAAGCAGUAUUUAUCCAGGCCGAGUUCCUAGAAAGAUGGUUAAGUUUAACACAGGAUUAAGCGAAAUUUUAAGCACGGUUUUCUUGCUAAGAGCAUGUAACUCAAGCUCAGCAAAUGCUGUUCAGCCUUUACUCUGAGACACAGUAAUGAUUUACAUAAAAUGUUGCUCUAAGCAAUGCAUAGGAAGGUAAAUACAAAAAGUGGAUCAAAAUCUUAAUCCUGGAUUAGCGCUAAUCGGCCUUUCAGGAACCGGGCCCCGGUUUUUGUUUUGCCUGAGACAACUGUAGUGAUACGGAGACGAAUUAUUUCAAGACUAUUUUUAAGUUCGUAUUUUCCUUUUUCCUUUCUCAUUAGUGGGACUUAGUUUGCGACGUAUCAGCUCUAUCAAGUCUCACCCGAUCUGUUUUGUUCCUGGGGUUUUUGAUUGGCGUUCUUCUUGGAGGAUUCCUUUCUGACAAAUUCGGCCGCAGACUACUGGUUUACAUACCGUGCUCCAUGUGUAACGUUUUGGCCUUACUUGCGUCGUUUGUCCACGUUUACUGGCUGUACGUUCUUCUCAGGGUUUUGGUUGGUGUCUUUGUAGGUAAGAAGGACUUGUUUCAAAUAGGGUCUGGAAAGGGAGGUCCUGAUCCCGCAUUCCCGCAUUCUCACAUUUUCCCUCCGCUCCUUUUUUUUACGAGAAUCCCGCUUCCCGAACUUCCCUCUCGUUUCACGCUUCGCGCAAAAAUGCCGCGUUCGCCUCGCUCGGCUCAUAAAGCGCCUGUUAUGCAGGUUGCUACUAUUUUCCCCAAGAGCUCUGCAUCAUGUGCCCACAUUUUGGCUUCCCACGUCCCGAGUAGUUGUCAAAUUCCGUAUCCCAUUUAACGUUUUCCGAAUCACGCACUGUAUUUUGGUCAUAUCUCGGAUCCAGGGAAUAGCCUUCCAGACCCGGUUCAUGUAGUUUGUUGUACGCUCCAUUGUUAUAAUAAUGAAUCGAUCUCUUCGGAGAAAAGAAUCGCCUCUUUUGAGAGCUGGAAGGCGUAUUGAGAAAAUCUGUGUAAUUUCUAAAGAGUUUCACUCAGCUUGAAGACGACACCAAAGACAUUAUCGUGAUAAUUCCUACUCGCUAUUUAUCAUUCAAAGGCUUUUUCGAAGCUUUGAUUGCCGGUCUAUCAAUCGUUAUAUAUACUUCACUUUUAAAUACGUUUACAUGUAGUCUGCUCACACAUGGUCUUCUCAUGUACAGAAGAGAAAGAAUUCUCUUCCUGUUGUUUCGCAGACUGGUCUAUGUCUUCGGGAGACAAUGGUGGCUCUGCGUACCAAACCAAAUAAGCACGUUGGUUGAAUGAUUCAACCCACCCACUCAUGAUUGUGAUUCAUUAAUUUCAAUAUUUUAAUUGGUGAAAAUCGUCUCUGCCUUUGGCAUCGACCCAUAGAUGAUCAGCUCGCAAUUGGCAAAUUCUUAAAUCUCUCCAGUAAUUGCUUAUUUUCGCUAGGGUGUGGUACAUUAUGUGCCUACGUUUUGACGGUGGAGUUCGUCGGCAAGCGUCAUCGCCAUGCGGCGGGAACAGCGUUGUGGUUUUUCUGGCCUACUUCACUGAUGAUGAUGGCCUUGCUGGCUUAUCUCAUAAGGGACUGGCGCACUCUUAAUAUAGUCGGAGCGGCCCCAGGCCUUCUACAAAUCUUCCUUUGGUGGUAAGUAAACGUUUUUUACAAAAUUUACCGUGUCAAAAAGAAAGGGUAGUCCAGCUUUUUAAGACAAGAAAACAGGCGAACAGAGACGCAACGGCCACAAGCAAGUAGUAGGCCCUAAAAUAAAUUGUAUUAUUGGGUGCAUUUACCCUGGGUGCAAGAGUAUUUCUCUCACGUUAGUGACGGGGUGAUUCAGUGUCGACCUGAGGCCGAGAGAUCUUCGGCUAAAAAGCGAUGGCUGAAAGACCCCUGGUUGGAAGACCCAUGGAUAUAUGACCCCUGCUGGAUGUAAGACCACUGGUUGCAAGAACCCAGGUUAAAAGACCCCUUGUUGUAAGACCGCUGAUUGUAAGACCCUUGAUUGUAAGGCCUCUGGAUGUAACACCCCUGGUUGUAAGACCACUGAUUGUAAGAACCCUGGUUUUAAGACCCCUGGUUCUAAGACCCCUGGUUGUAAGACAACUGGUUGUAAUACCCCUCGCUGUAAGACCGCAAGUACCAAGGUCCCUGGUUGUAAGACCCCUGAUUGUAAGACCAAUGGAUGUAAGCCCCUGGUUGUAAGACACCUGGUUUUAAGACCACCAGAUGCAAAAACCCAGGCUAAAAAAGACGACUGGUUGUAAGACCACUGAUUGUAAGACCCUUCGUUGUAAGAUCGUAAGUACCAAGACCCCUGGUUUUAAGACACCUGGUUGUAAGACACAUGGAUGUAAGACUCCUGAUUGUAAGACCCCUGGUUGCAGUAAGACCGCUGGUAGUAGGACCGAUGGUUGCCAGACUCCUGGUUGUAAGAGUUUUGGUUGUAAGACCACAGGCUGAAAGACCACUGGUUAUAAGACCUCUGAUUGUAAGAUCCCUGGAUGCACACCUCUGGUUCUAAGACCCGGUUGUAAGACCCAAGGUUGUAAGACCCCUGGUUGUAUGAACCAAGGUAUUAAGACGUCUGGUUUUAAGACCCCUGGUUGUAAGACCCCAGGCUGUAUUAAAACCCACAAUCGGCGACAAAAUGAGUUGAGACACUUCGCCCAAAACUGGGCUUUUUUACGUUUUAUUAACUUCAAAUCGAGGAAAUAUUGCUUUCCUCCCCCAUCCCCUCCGUGCAAUGUUGUGCCCUUGUUCUAGCUACCUAUAGAAAACAACAAACACCCCAACUUUGAAUGGAGGGGACAGGGGAGGGGUGCGGAUUCUUUUGUUCUCCGAAGUUACCCUAGUUAAGUACAAUGUCUCAACAAUUUUGUCGCCGAUUGCAGGUUGUAAGACCCCUGGUCGAAGACCCUUGGUUUUAAACCCCUGCGCUGAGUUGCUCAAAGCAUGGUUAGCUUUAACCAUUGGUUAAGCUGUAUCAAAACCAAUAUGUUGUCAAGGUAUUAAACGCUGGUUAACGCUAACCAUGCUUCGAGCAACUGGACCCUGGUUGUAAGACCCCUGGUUUUAAAACCCCUGGCUUUAAGACCCCUGGUGGUAGGACCCCUUGCUGUGAGACCCCUGGUUUUAUGAUCGCAGGUUUUAAAAGCCCUGGUUGUAAGACCACUGGUUUGUAAAACCCCUUGUUGUAAUACCCCUCCCUGAUUGUAAGACCUCUGAUUGUAAAACCCCUUGUAAAUUACCUGGUUUUAAGACCCCUGGUUGUAAAACCUGUGGUUGUAAUAUCAUUUGUUGUAAGACCCCUGGUUGAAAGAACCCUGGUUGUAAGACCCCUAGAUGUAAGACCUCUGGUUGUAAGACUUCUGAUUGUAAAACCCCUGGUUGUAAGGGCCUUGGAUGUAAGAGUCCUUAAUGCAAGACCCCGGGUGGUAAGACCCAUGGAUGUAUUUUCCCUGGAUGUAAGACAUCUCCCCUUAAGACUCUUGGUUGUAAGACCCCUGGUUGUAAUAUCCCUUGUUGUAAGACCCCUGGUUGUAAAACCCCUCGUUGUAAGACUCCUGUAUGAAUGACCCCUGGUUGUAAGAUCCCUUGAUGUAAGACCCCUGAUUGUGAGACCCCUGGAUGUAAUACCCCUGGUUGUAAGUCUCCUGGAUGUGAGACACCUGGUUGUAAAAUCCCCUGGUUGUAAGACCUCUUGUUUUAAGACCCAUGAAUGUUUAGCUUUUCGUCGUAAGACUUCUGUUUGUAGGGAGCCCUGGUCGUCAGGCAUUUCGAUGACGCGAUGGAUUUGACUGGCUUCGUGGUUCAUAAUCUACAUCCUAUAUGUACAGGAAUCUUCUUUACGUGGAGGUUUUCUUCUUUCCCUUUUAUUUUUGAUGCGUAUCCUUAUUAGGAUCCGAAAAGUGGGUAGCUAAGUUAAUUGGGCCAUUGCUGCGCUAACUAUUUCUCAAGUGACCGGUUAUUUUACGCUACAGUAGGCCACAUGGGUACCCUGUGACCUGAGGGUGUUUUGACUGUAUUUUCCUCAUUUUAAGGUAUAUACCGGAAUCCAGUCGGUGGCUUUUAGUGAAAGGCAGAGCAAAGGAAGCAUCGGAGCAACUCCUAAAGGUCGCCAAGGUUAACAAGAAGGAAAUGCCCAAAGACAAGCUAACUCUUGUAGACGAAAACCCAACACAACAAAGACUUGGUGACAUCCGAGACCUGUUCAGUACCUCAACCAUGGUGACCAGGACCUUAAUAAGCUGGUUUAUUUGGUAUGAGCAUCUUUAUAAUAGAUAAUUUGUUUCUUUGCCUACUUCGUUUUUUUAUUCCCAGUGUACCGAACGUGUCCUCCUCAGAACGACUUCGAUCAUCUGUAAAGUUUGCAAUUAACAUAAUACGGAAUAUUUGGAGUAAGAGAUUACGAAGUUGUGAGAGCACUUACCUCUCACCAAUAGAGGAGUUCACGCUCAUAGUGGCAUUAUGGGUAUUUAGGGCAAGAUAGCGGGAAAUUCAAAGAUUUGUAUUAGAAUUCAAAGUCAGCUAAUUCUUCUUGAAUUUUUAUAUUUGAUGCUUUGUCUUUGAAAAGAGCAACUUACGAGUUCAAAGAAACAAUACACUAAAUCUGGAGUGCAAAAAAGUCCGUGAUCAGUCUUUAGAAAACCUUGACUUUCCCAUACAUUUUCUGUAAUUCGACAGUAUCACAACUAAAGAAAAAUGUAUGGAAAAAUUGAGGUUUUCUAAAAACUGAUCAGGGACUUCUUUGCACUCCAGAUUUAGUGUAUUGUUUCUUUGAACUCGUAAGCUACUCUUUUCUAAGAGAAAGCAUCAAAUAUAUGAAUUCAGGAAGAAUUAGCUGACUUUGAAUUCCAAUACAAAUCUUUGAAUUUCCCACCAUGCAUCUUGCCCUGAUUACCGAUGAUGCAACUAUAAGCAUGAAUUCCUCAAUGUGGCACGGGUUCAAAUCCCGACGUCGACGCCAUAAAUGGGUUAAGUUUGUUGUUGGUUCUCUCCCUUGUUCCAAGAGGUUUUUCUUCUGGUGAUCCAGUUUUCUCAUCUCCUUAAUAACCAACAUUUCCAAAUUUCCGUUCGAUCAGGAUUGGUAGACGAAGAAGCACUAUGUGGAUGUGCUUCCUCUAAAUCGUUAUUAAUCCUAUUUGUUGAUUUCAUUUAUUUGCCUAUUUAUGUAAGGUAUGUAUCUUUCAAACGUUUGAAAGUUUCGUCUUAAAGUCAGUAAGAAUUCUGCAUGACACAACAAUGUUCAAAACAGAUAUAAGCCAUGCAAGGAUAUAGAGAUGAAGAAAGCCGUAGAUAACAGUUGGCUCAACUUCGCCAAUUAGUUUCCUAGGAAGUACAGUAACUUGGGUAGGGAUUCUCAAAUCUCGCUUCGGAGACUCGAUAUUUCUUUGUCCGAUAGGUUCGUGGUCACAAUGGUGUAUUAUGGUGUUUCAUUCAGUGCUGGAGCUUUUGGCGGGAAUCGUUACUUGGUGUUCUUUUUGACCAGCCUCAUAGAGAUUCCUUCCAACUACACUGCGAUUGUGGCGUGUAAAAAGUGAGUUCCUUGAAAAUCUCUUCAAACGUGUUGAUUGAUUGUAAUACAGGGUGUAGCAAAAGUUCGUUCCUCUCCUUUAUAAGUAUGUAUUUUAGUAUGACUGGACUUGGUAAGCAAAUCAUUUAAACAAAAGUUGUCUUUCAAUCUAAUUCACUAUUUUCAUACUUGUUAUGCCAUCUGUUGAAUCGAAUAUUCUAUUUGUGUACUUCCACGCCCAAGGUGCGCGUGCGCGAGUAUUUUUUCCAACCACAUAUUAUUCGUAUUUUAUAGCCCGAACUACUCGAACUCCUUCCUUGUUUUUGUGACUAUCACGAAAGAUAAACCCCCUUAAUGCAAAAACGUUUACCUACGUGAAAGCAUAAGAAUGUAUGCUUCGAUUUACUGGCUUAUCUGUUGUAGAAACUGUUAACAAACUGAAUAAUCCCAAUGUUGGAUGGUAAACUGAUCAUGAAGAAACGAAGGGGAAGACGAAAAGUCCUGAAUAAAGCGGCUAAAAUAGUUGUAAAGAAGGCUAGAUACAAAAUAGGAGACUCGACGAGGAAGCUCUCAAAUAGCUAGCAAGCCAUGUCCAGAAAGGGUCAUGAAAAGCGAAAGUUUAAAAUUAGAGGUCCCUGAGAUGGCAAAAAAUCCCUCUGCUUAGCCUGCCAAGUAACGCCCAGCUCGUCUCCAAUUUGUAAAGAAGUACAAAAACCUUGCUGUGGAAGGGGGCCGGGAUGAUUAUCUUUUCUGGGUGAAUGCCCAAAAUAUUUUUUUUUAGCUGCCUAAACUAAACAAAUAUUGUUUGGGCGUUGAACUGGCUGCUGCGCACCGGUGACAAAAAAGCUCAAAAUGGAUCAUCUGUGGGUCUACACGCUGUAUCCCAAUCCAUGCCACAACGGCUACAGAAUGUGACAAAAAAAAUAAAAAGGGCAUGCCCGUUACUGAAAUUCUGAAUACAUCCUCCAUAAAAUCCUCUAGCAAUUUUAUGUAAAAAUAAAGUUUUAGUCAAAAGUUAUAGUGCAUGAAAUUAGAGGAACGAACUUUCGGGACACGCUAUAGGUCAUUUUAAACAAAUCUUACAUCUUUUCAAUGAAUGAUGGUAUACUUGACUUCGAUUUUCGGAGUAUACGACGGAGCUAUACAUGUAGUAGUAAAGCUACAAUUAUGGACAAAAGACUUGGCAGGGACACUUUUGCAUUUCUGGGGCGUUUUCCAAUUCACAGAUGCCCAACCCUCCCCUCACCCCACAAACAAAGUUGGAUGCGUGUAUUCAGACUUUUUUGCGAGUUUUAACUUUGUAUAGGGUGGGGGGUGGGGAAGGAGGGAGACCUGCAAAAGGAAGCACUAUUUUAUGAGGGAACCCAAAAAUUUACAGAAAAAUAUUAAUACUGCAUUACAGUCCCAAGAACUUUUGUCUAUGAUUGUAUGACUUUGUGCUCUUUUAAAGAGCUUUUGCAAGAAAAUGAAGAGAAUUGUGGAAAACAUAUUUUGGUUGUGAUUUACCUAGGAAUAGUAAAUCAUUACCCCCCUUCCGUGCACCCUCGACCCCAUCGACACCGAUUUAGGCUGUUUGAAAUAAAAUCAAACCAAGACAUCUUUUUCUUUCCAGGAUCGGUCGAAAGAAAACCACUAUUAUUGGACUGAUCAUUUCUUCUAUCGCCUCUGCAGUCGCUGUUCUAUUUCAGAGAGAUCUGUCAAAUACAGGUAACAUCUCAGUAUUCUCCCACUUGUUUCAGUAACUAUGGAAAUCAGGAGUCUAUGACUAUAUGGGCUCCUGUGGAAAUACAAAUUUAAGAGAAUCGAUGGUAAUCGAUGACCAGGACAAACGUGAAGAAAUAUCCUUUGAAGUCUGUCUGGGCAAGCUUUAAUCGACAAAGAAUUUCAUUGCCUAAGUUUUUUCAUUGGUGAAUAAAACUUGCUUGAUUAGAGAAUCUAACACUCGUCAAGCUCUUAACGUUUGUUUUCAUUCAUUUUUAGGUUUUCUUGUUGCAAGGAUAAUUUUUGCGUCAGUGAUCGCCAAGUUUUUUAUAAAUAUGGCCUUCGCCACCAUCUACGUAUUUUCCACUGAAUUGUUUCCAACAGUUGUCAGGUAUUGUUGUAUUGGAUUUUUUUCUAUCUGUAAGGCUGCGUGGCCAUAAUAGAGCUGUGGAUCUACAAUUGGAUAGACUUCAGGUCAAGAAGAAAUAUAGUUCACCCAUUCGCUGCGCUCAUUCGUGAAAUAUUUUUCAAUACGAGAAGAGAAAUUUUGUAUCCCCAGCCAUGUAAUGUUCUGACUUGUUAUAUAAAUACCAAUGAAAUGCAAAACUAUUUCACUUUUCAAAACAUUUUUUUGCUGCGAAAGGCGCGAUUUAUUUAGUAGUUAUGGCAACGGUGAUCACUUCACGUGUAUUUUACGGGUGUCAUAAGAUCGCAUAAUAAAAUAAAAAACUUCGCCGUUAGGAAGGUUUCUCCUGCUAAACGUCCCUAGCGGAAAGACCAAGAGUCGCAUGCUAAAAAAUGGUUAUGAAAUAUUUAUUUUACAGGAACCUGGGCGUGGGUUCAUCCUCAGCAGUAGGACGUAUUGGAUCGAUGGCUGCACCUUAUCUUAUUUGGCUCGUAAGACUAUUCCUGUGUUAUCCGGUUAUUUUUUAUAUAAAAAACUAAGAGGACAUGCCAAAGUACCGUCGGUAUUAUGCGAAAGUCCGUGUAAAGCGGGCUUCCUGCCUUAAACCCUGAAAAAGUGUUAUUUGAAAAGAAUCUUCUACCUAGGUGGACUAUUUAGACACCAAGUUUUGUUUUCCUUUUACAUUUUCAGCUAAUGCUCAUUUUGUUCUCAUCAAUAUCACUAACAACUAUUUGGUUGUUUUUGUCUCGUACAUUGUAGGUUCGCUUCCAUGUUCUCGUACCUUACUCCAUCAUAGCUGCACUUUGCCUCGCCGCUUCUGUACUGUGUUGUCUUCUUCCAGAAACAAAAGACGCCCCGACUCUGGAAGUGAUGGAUUCUGUCAAGGGAGACAGCAACUUGGAAACUUUUGAAAUGGGUCAACGGGAGGAAAUAAAUGAUGAGAAGAACUAAGAAGCUUCUGCCGUAGACAUAUAAACGUAAAGAACUGCAAUGUUUUUUAAGAAUUGAUUUACACGCUAUAAAUCGUUAUGUCCCGUACACUAAACAGACCAACAUAGUAUUGCCCGCAUGUUUGAGUCACAGAUAUAGCAUUCAAUAGACGAUUAUUAGAAAAGCUGGCUUAUCAGUGAAGUCCCGGGCGUUUUACAAACCACACAAAGGUUUGAAUAUCAUGAAAAGUUCUUUGGCAAUACAACAAUAGAGAGAAACGGUCUUUUUAUGAGGGUAAAGAUUGCAGCAACUUCAGUGUUCCAUAUUCAUCCUCUUUUCAUGCUCUUUUGGUAAUUAAUCGUAUUCGAGUUUUAACUUAAUUAUAAUUUUUGCGUUGUAUUAUCGAUCAAAAAUGUUGUAGGAAUUCAUCUUCCUGCACUGCGUUAACGCCCAAGAGGUUUCAUAACGUAAGGGUGGGGUGGUUCAACGUUUGGUGACCUGUACAUGUGAACGUACUCCUCCCCUUCUUACUCUGGUCCUGAUUUGGAUACCCAACGGGAAGCCAUUAUGUGGGUUUUAGUUUUUGUUGGUUUUCGUCCUUGCUCCGAUGGGUCUUUUUACUUGGCUCUCUGAGAUUGAACAUUUGAAAUACUUUUUGAAGGUCUAUUUCCUGGACUCACGUCAUUAAAGCGUCUGAUGAGGUCGACUAUACCAUCAGGGAUCGUGAUCACGAAAUUUAGAUACCUGGGGGUACGAUGUUCUAUCAUUAGAACGUCCUCAGUGCGUUUAGAACUUGGUUAGAAGGCGUGUCCAUGAGCUCACCCUGGAAGUGAACGGCAUUGCUUUCUUAGAGACUGCACCAACACGCCGUUGAAGAC